ACAGGGAAAACCAAAAGAUGCAAAAGUCAACGAACUUAAUUGUUUGCAGGAAUGGGUAGAUCCCAAGAAGGCUUGGAAUACAACUAGGCCAGAACUUAGCUGCAUUACUAAAUUGUUUUCUAUCAGUUAGCCAAUUAUAUAAGCAUAUAUGGCCACAGUGCCCCACCCCCCGCACAAACACAUCAAAGAGAGAGAGAGAGAGAGAGAUGGAGUCCAAGCAUUUCAGCCAUCGCCACAACCUAACCAUCCGCCAAAUGCCAGAAGGGGAAACAAUCGAUUGCUCCGGUUGCAACUUAGCCGCGUCAGGCGCGGUCUAUGCAUGCAUGCAAUGCAAAUUCUUCCUUCAUGAAAAAUGUUUUCACGCCACUCGCUCCAUCAACCACCCAUCCCACCCACUUCACCAUCUAACCCUUGUCCCUUACCCCACUUACCCCACGGGCUACUUCACCUGCGAUUCCUGCAGUGAACUUGGAUCUGGCUUUUCUUUUACUUGUUCCACCUGUGACUUUGACCUCCAUGUCCACUGUGCUUCUAUUUCUGAAAAUACUCCUGUUGAUGCAGUGCCCUAUUUGGAAUUCCAAAUGACUGGUACUACUUCAACAGAGCCAGAGACAGAGCCCACUGCGGCUCCUACGCAGAUUCAACACAAGUCCCAUGCCGAACACGCCCUUAAUCUUCUGCCGAGGGCCCCUGGUGCCAAUGGUACAUUCAUUUGCAAUGGAUGUGGUGAAAAUGGCGAUGCCUCAGUAUACCGUUGCUCCACAUGUGACUAUGAUCUUCACAUUAAAUGUGCUUGGUUGAAUAAAAUUGUGGAUCGUGUCGAUCACGAACACCCCCUCACUCUGUACUACUCUAACCCGUACAAGGAUAAGGGCGUGGCAUUUGAGUGCGAUGUCUGUCAUUAUAAUGUCCCAGAGAAUUCUUGGGUUUACUGCUGUUUAGAUUGUGACUAUGGAACUCAUGUGAACUGUGUAUGGGGUGAGGAACGCCCGAAAGUAGACGUGGAACUUGAAAAUUUUAUUGCAGCUAAACAAGAGCCUACUAGGGCUCAUACACAGAUUCACCACAAGUCCCAUGCCAAACAUGCCCUUAAUCUUCUGUCUGGGUACCCCAGUGCCGAUGGUGAGUACAUUUGCAAUGGAUGUGGUGAAAGUGGAAAUGACUCAGUAUACCGUUGCUCCACAUGCGACUAUGAUCUCCAUGUUAAAUGUGCUGGCUUGAAUGAAAUAGUGGAUCGUGUUGAUCAUGAACACCCUCUCACUUUGUUCUACUUGAAUCCAUACAACGGUAAGGGUGUGAUCUUUGAGUGCGAUGUCUGUCAUUACAACAUUCCCUCAGAUUCUUGGAUUUACUGUUGUUUAGAGUGUGCCUACGGAACUCAUGUGAACUGUGUAUGGGGAAAGGAACGCCCAAAAGCAGUAGUUGAACUUGAAAAAUUUGUUGCAGCUCAACAAGAACUCUCACGUCUUCAACAGCAAAUCCAAAUGAACAGGUUAUCAGCUCAGAUGAUAGCAUCAUCAAUCAACGGUUUCAGACACUGACCAGGGAGAGCUUGGGAUCUAUCAUUAUCAGUUGGAUUUGGAUGUUCCACUUGUUUGUUUUCUAACUUUGUCCUUUUCUUAUUGUUAUUUGAAUGUUGUACUGGUAUGCCCUCCAGUAUUAAAAGUUUGUUUCCAUCGGGUUGCCUUUUGGGCUAACUUUUUACCAUCUUUUUUGCA